GUCAUCCCCUCUUAUUCCCAGUCCUGUAAUUAGCUUUUAAAGGCUAAAGGCAGAGUCAGGGUGUGUAUGGGGAGGGGGUGAGGGGGAGUGUUAGUGAAGUAUGAUUUUCUCUUCUCCACUUGAGGAUAAAUAGAUCAAGAAAUUUCUUCCGGGAGUUUUGGUAAAAAGUAAUGCAGCUGCUGAGUAUUUUAAAGGCAUCGAUUUCCUCAUGCACACUGUUGUUAGCAUACAUAACCUCCUUCUCUAUGUCCACAUGCACACUGCUGUUAGCAUACAUCACCUCCUCCUCUAUGUCCACAUGCACACAGCUGUUAGCAUACAUCACCUCCUCCUCUAUGUCCACAUGCACACUGCUGUUAGCAUACAUCACCUCCUCCUCUAUGUCCACGUGCACACUGCUGUUAGCAUACAUCACCUCCUUCUCUAUGUCCACGUGCACCGUGUUGUUAGCAUACAUCACCUCCUCCUCUAGGUCCACAUGCACACAGCUGUUAGCAUACAUCACCUCCUCUUCUAUGUCCAUAUGCACACUGCUGUUAGCAUACAUCACCUCCUCCUCUAUGUCCACAUGCACACUGCUGUUAGCAUACAUCACCUCCUCCUCUAUGUCCACAUGCACACUGCUGUUAGCAUACAUCACCUCCUUCUCUAUGUCCACGUGCACGGUGUUGUUAGCAUACAUCACCUCCUCCUCUAUGUCCACAUGCACACUGCUGUUAGCAUACAUCACCUCCUCCUCUAUGUCCACAUGCACACUGCUGUUAGCAUACAUCACCUCCUUCUCUAUGUCCACGUGCACCGUGUUGUUAGCAUAUAUCACCUUCUCCUCUAUGUCCACGUGCACCGUGUUGUUAGCAUACAUCACCUCCUUCUCUAUGUCCACGUGCACCGUGUUGUUAGCAUACAUCACCUCCUCCUCUAUGUCCACAUGCACACUGCUGUUAGCAUACAUCACCUCCUUCUCUAUGUCCACAUGCACACUGCUGUUAGCAUACAUCACCUCCUUCUCUAUGUCCACGUGCAGUGUUGUUAGCAUACAUGACCUCUUUCUCUAUGUCCACAUGCACACUGCUGUUAGCAUACAUCACCUCCUUCUCUAUGUCCACGUGCACACUGUUGUUAGCAUACAUCACCUCCUUCUCUAUGUCCACGAGCACGGUGUUGUUAGCAUACAUCACCUCCUUCUCUAUGUCCACAUGCACGGUGUUGUUAGCAUACAUCACCUCCUUCUCUAUGUCCACAUGCACACUGCUGUUAGCAUACAUCACCUCCUUCUCUAUGUCCACGUGCACACUGUUGUUAGCAUACAUCACCUCCUUCUCUAUGUCCACGUGCACACUGUUGUUAGCAUACAUCACCUCCUUCUCUAUGUCCACGUGCACGGUGUUGUUAGCAUACAUCACCUCCUCCUCUAUGUCCACAUGCACACUGCUGUUAGCAUACAUCACCUCCUCCUCUAUGUCCACAUGCACACUGCUGUUAGCAUACAUCACCUCCUCCUCUAUGUCCACAUGCACACUGCUGUUAGCAUACAUCACCUCCUCCUCUAUGUCCACAUGCACACUGCUGUUAGUAUACAUCACCUCCUUAUCUAUGUCCACGUGCACGGUGUUGUUAGCAUACAUGACCUCUUUCUCUAUGUCCACAUGCACACUGCUGUUAGUAUACAUCACCUCCUUCUCUAUGUCCACGUGCACGGUGUUGUUAGCAUACAUCACCUCUUUCUCUAUGUCCACGUGCACACUGCUGUUAGCAUACAUCACCUCCUUCUCUAUGUCCACGUGCACCGUGUUGUUAGCAUACAUCACCUUCUUCUCUAUGUCCACGUGCACCGUGUUGUUAGCAUACAUCACCUCCUCCUCUAUGUCCACGUGCAGUGUUGUUAGCAUACAUGACCUCUUUCUCUAUGUCCACAUGCACACUGCUGUUAGCAUACAUCACCUCCUUCUCUAUGUCCUCGUGCACACUGUUGUUAGCAUACAUCACCUCCUUCUCUAUGUCCACGAGCACGGUGUUGUUAGCAUACAUCACCUCCUUCUCUAUGUCCACAUGCACGGUGUUGUUAGCAUACAUCACCUCCUUCUCUAUGUCCACAUGCACACUGCUGUUAGCAUACAUCACCUCCUUCUCUAUGUCCACGUGCACACUGCUGUUAGCAUACAUCACCUCCUUCUCUAUGUCCACGUGCACACUGUUGUUAGCAUACAUCACCUCCUUCUCUAUGUCCACGUGCACGGUGUUGUUAGCAUACAUCACCUCCUUCUCUAUGUCCACGUGCACACUGCUGUUAGCAUACAUCACCUCCUUCUCUAUGUCCACGUGCACGGUGUUGUUAGCAUACCUCGCCUCUUUUUCUGUGUCCACAGAGCCAUCAGGUGUUGGGAACAGAGGACGGCUGGCAGGGAGGCCGCGGGGGCAUCCUGACAGCAUGUCAUGCCGGAGGAGAGCCAGGGAAGAGAGAAAGCAGGAACAAAGACUGCAGCCUAUACUGCAGCCAACUCCCCUAUACUUCAGAUCGUUUUUAAAAAAUUAACUGCAAACUGAAUAUUUGCAAAUGUUCCAAAGAACUUGGCAGCUUACAGUAAGCAGUGGUCAUGUUAAGGAGUCUCACUUAGUUUUUUAGCACAGUUCUCCUUUUCAUGAAGCACUGAUGAGGAGACUGACAUUUUAAUCAGGUUAGUAGCCUGGUCUGGACCACAGGCACUGUGAUGAAUGGAUCAGGUACCCGCAAUAUUUCUGUUACUAAUAGUGUGUAGAGGAAAGCUGCCUUCCGAAUUGCAAUGAAGUGCUGCUUUGUCCCCAGUCAGUAACUGGAAAACAUGUUGCUCUUAUAUAUAAACUGAAGCCUUAAAUUUACAGUUAAAGCUUUUUUGCAGACACCCUUAGCCAGAGGGACUUACAUAAGUGCUUAGAAGUCUCAUUAGUGAAUGCAUUCUGAUACUGGUUCAGCAGAACCUGGCUAAGAAGACUAUCACUCUAAAACACUGUUGGCAAGUAAUACAUUUUUAAAAAUAAUAACAGUAUAAUCCGGGAACUGCUAAUCCAAGUACUUCCGAAAGGGGUUAGGUUUUUAGUCAUUUGAAGGCAGCCAGUGACUUAGAAGUUCGGACAUUUACAGGAAGUUCAUUCCACUACUUAAAUGCCAAAACAGAGAAGAGCCCAGCCGCAUGUCUUCCUUGCGCCUUGAGAGAUGGUUGGACCAGUCGAGUGGUGCUGAGGAUCCGAGGGAGCGUCGUUCAGUGUGGGAUGAGAAGUUGUUUUAGGUAGGCUGCUGGUCCAUUUUUGUCUUUGUAGGCGAGCAUCAGUGUGUUUGAAUCUGAUGUGGGCAGCUACAGGAAGCCAGUGGAGUGAGCGUAACAAUGGUGUGCUGAUACUUAAAUGCUGAUACUGUAGCAUGCAGCUCUGAGCCAAACUAAUCCAGACCAGAAUAACUGACCUGCUUCUGCAGGCAGGAAUUACAGUACGGGGUUAAUCUGCUAUACGGAGGAUUGGUUCCUACAAGGCUGUGGCGCCAAUCCACAGAAACCAGCUCCACCUGGAGGAGGGAAAGUGGAUGCCAUUUCCACAGAGACUGGGGGGAGGCCGGAGUAUAUGAAUAAAUGUCAGGGGAAAAUCUGGGGCUGAUUGUUAAUUAGUUUAUCUUACUGCUGAAUAGAAGGCAAUGGGCUAUAUUAGCUGAUUUUUAAAGAAGAUUGGAUUGUUUCAUAUAAUACAGAAAAAACAUUA